AAAGCCUUGGAGCCUGCAGGUAGCAGCCGGGAGGCAAGCCUAUCAUUCAACAGUCUCAGUUGAAAUCAGAUAGUGGGCAGCACUCCAUCAGGCACGACGACUGUCAAACGCUCGACACACAUGGGACGAGAAGUACGCAUCAUCUAGCCACGAUGGACCCUUCUGAUGCCGGCGAGCCACCGCGCUUCUUGCUGUUGCUCCCGCCAGUAUCGCCCGCGGACGGCCCUGCGCUCAAGGCUGCAUACGAAGACACAUUGAGCCAAGUCUUGAAAGAAGUUGAACUCCAUUCAUCCGAGCAUACAAGAGCUGCCGUGCUGGAGAUUGCCUUGGCCUGCCCACAUCUCGUGGGCACUCAGAGAGCUCCCAGAUCCAGUCUAUACAAUCAGACUCAGUCACUGAUUGCAGGAGUGUACAAGCUCAUCACCACCAUAGCUACACAGAAGAGCAUCAAUGUUGAAGAUGCCGAUGGCGUUGAUGCCAGGAUCAUAUUAAUCGCUUGGUCUGCGGAGCAUUCAGGUCAGCAAUAUGCUCGCAAUCCUUACGGGCCAGUAAUCGACCUCGAAACUCUUGCGAACUCAGGUCGACAGUGGCAAUUCGCUUUUGGCGUGGAGUCAGACGCGGGCGAGAGCUUGGUAAGGGCAUUCGUCAACGCGAAGACUGGCAAUAUUGAGGCAAGCGAAUCAACCGCAACAGUCGCAGAUGACACCAGCUCCGCCGCCUCCAGUCAGUCAAAGCACUACGAUGUCGCGGUGGGAGGUACAUGGGAUCACCUCCACAUCGGCCACAAACUGCUUAUUACCAUGACGGUCUUCGCCGUCGACCUAAAAGAUACUUCCGGAGAUAGGUCCGCUACUAUAGGAAUCACCGGGGACAGGCUCCUGGUGAAGAAGAAACAUGCAAACCUGGUGGAGAGUUGGGUAGAUCGACAAAAAGCAGUUGCGACAUUCUUCAAUUCCAUUGUCGACUUUUCGACGGAAGCGACCCGCGGACAACGGCACGCGAGUAUACACGACGAUCCCGAACCAAACGGCAAGUCCAUUGAUAUCCAUUACCCAAGCGGACUCAUAGUCAAAUGUGUCGAGAUCCAGGAUCCUUUUGGGCCCACCAUCACCGAGGAGAGCAUCUCGGCGCUCGUACUCAGCGCAGAGACUAGGGCUGGAGGUAAGGCGAUCAACGACAAACGUCGAGAACUGGGCUGGAAGGAGCUCGAUAUCUUCGAGGUGGAUGUACUGGAUGCAGAGGAAGAUGGGAACAGCAGCACGGCCCAGGGCGGAUUCGAGAGCAAGAUCAGCAGUACAGCGAUACGAGAGAAGCUGGCAAGGAAAGGAAAGAUGUAGUGCCGAAGAUGACUGUGUACUAUAGCUAUAUAGCUGUUUUUGCAUUGGACCUUGAGGUGCAACGACCACUCGGAAAGGCAUUACUGUGCUUCCAACGAAUGUUCUGCUACCACGUCAUGCAGAUAUGCGGCUAUACUUGCAUUGGUUCUAGACGAGUCGGAAGGUCAGG